AUGGUCAGAUUUAACAAAAUAGUAGAUGUGUAUAACCAUCCUCCGAUCCUGUUGGUGGAUAAAGAGAGCGAUGUGACUAAACCAGCACCGAGUACAGAAGAUUGCCGUGUGACUGCACCAGCAGCACGUAAAGGUCGCAAUGUACCUAGACCAGCAGUGUCUACAGAAAGCACUGCUGUGAUUAAACCAGCAAAGCCUACAGUAGACAGCAAUGUGACUGCACCAGCAAAGCCUACAGUAGACAGCAAUGUGACUGCACCAGCAAAGCCUACAGUAGACAGCAAUGUGACUGCACCAGCAGUGCCUACAGAAGACAGCAAUGUGACUGCACCAGCAGUGCCUACAGAAGACAGCAAUGUGACUGCACCAGCAGUGCCUACAGAAGACAGCAAUGUGACUGCACCAGCAGUGCCUACAGAAGACAGCGAUGUGACUGCACCAGCAGUGCCUACAGAAGACAGCAAUGUGACUGCACCAGCAGUGCCUACAGAAGGCGACGUGACUGCACCAGCAGUGCCUACAGAAGGCGACGUGACUGCACCAGCAGUGCCUACAGAAGGCGACGUGACUGCACCAGCAGUGCCUACAGAAGGCGACGUGACUGCACCAGCAGUGCCUACAGAAGGCGACGUGACUGCACCAGCAGUGCCUACAGAAGGCGACGUGACUGCACCAGCAGUGCCUACAGAAGGCGACGUGACUGCACCAGCAGUGCCUACAGAAGGCGACGUGACUGCACCAGCAGUGCCUACAGAAGGCGACGUGACUGGACCAGCAGUGCCUACAGAAGGCGACGUGACUGGACCAGCAGUGCCUACAGAAGGCGAUGUGACUGCACCAGCAGUGCCUACAGAAGGCGAUGUGACUGCACCAGCAGUGCCUACAGAAGGCAGCGAUGUGACUGCACCAGCAGUGCCUACAGAAGACGGCGAUGUGACUGGACCAGCAAUGGAUACAGAAGAUGGCAAUGUGACUGAACUAGCUCUGUAUUUAGUUCAGAGUGCCAUCACCGCUGCUGUUAAGACUGUGAAAGAAGAGGAGUACACCAUCACAAAUAUCAAGUGGCUCACACACGGCGAAUUCACACCAGAAAAGGCCCGUAAACAAAUUGAGGAGUUCGUUUGGACUUGGGAGUAUCAUGACCGCUGGGUGUACUACGCAAAGUUGAUAGAGGUAAGAGACGUGGUUCACAGCUUCCACUACAUCUACUCCGUACGCUGGAGCGUCCCAACUGCUCAGAUACCGUUGAUACCAGAGUCCACCUUUGCCUUCUUCACCAUCAAGUUCAACAAAAACAAACCUCCGGAUGCACCCAUUGAAGUCUCUUAUAGCUUUGAGGGCCAGUCACUACUUCACAGGUAAUGAACAUUUGGAGGCUUAUUUUAAAUGGGUGGUGG